CCACCACCACCCCCUGAUCCCCCCCACUACCGCUCCAUCUUUGGGCUUUCGAGUAAUUUCCGUCUCUCAGUGAAGUUACACUUUCCUUCCUAAUUUCAUGCUAAAGUUGUGAUUUGUUGUCGAAUCAUAGCUAUCGCGAGUGUUCAAAGCUCGUCUUCCGCUGUGAAAGCAGUGUUGUCGAUCCCAGUUGAAUGCGGGAAUAGUUUACAGGCGGGCAGCAAGUUAACCUAGCCUGGCAAGAGUGUUUUCUGACAGUUGCUCUCCUUUUCGCCCCUACUGACGAUGGAGAUGGAGGUGGAUUGCUUGGAGUCGAGUCCGCAAGUGUUGGUGGAGUCUGCCCCGGGCAGCCCGGACAAGUCCACCAAGGAGCGCAUGCUGGACCUUCUGGACAAGAUGGAGCUGCGUGUGGAGCGGCUCCGGCAGGAGGCAUUUCGCCUGGAGGAGGAGAAGGACAAGGUCCUCACGACCCUCGUCUCCAUGAGGACGUCCUGGGCAGAUAUGCUCCAGAACUUACAGGAAGAGGAUCGUGAUGAUGUGUUGCGGUAUGCUGAUCGGGUGACUUCAAGGUGUCUAACUGUGGAGGUGCCCCUCAAGAUAGAGAGGGACGAAGUACAAGAAGAAUCGUUGCAUGUGGUCAAUAGUAUGAUUGAUUCGUUGGUUAUGCAGCUACGGGCCGAUCCUGCAGGAUCACGAAAACUUUGCUUGAGUUACUUAAAUGCAUGUUCUUCUUCAGUGGAGCAAGAUGUAACUGAUGAAACAUUUGAAGCAACUGUGUUAACAUGUUCUGUGGAUGACCAGAAACUAAUUCAGAAACGUCUCCAGGGAUUGCUCAAUUACAUUGACAAACAUUCUUAAUGUUGAAAUGAUCUUUCUGAAUUAUUCUCUGUAGCAGCGAAACAUUUGCUUUACUUUAUUGGGUUCAAAAUAAUCUUAUAAUUCUACUUGAGCUUCAUGCUAAUGUGUGGGGCCAAUUAAAGUUGUCUUUUUUGUUAGUAUGUCAGCAUGCGAUUAUUGCUUAACUUGAUUACUUUUGUUUUCAAUAGUAACCCUAAAAAGUGUCCUUGGUUUGUCUUUUUUCCGAGAGUAGAUAGAUUGAUUAGGAUGAAAGAUGUUAAUGUGAUAUUUGGUUCCAUAUCUUAGUGUUGAUUAAUGCUUCACUUAAAACUUAACUUAAAAGCAUUUGUGGUUUUCUAUCUUUGUAAUAUGUAUGUAAUUAAGUUUCUAUUCCAUAGCAUUAGUUACAAUGUCCUCAGAUAUAAUGUACAAAAAUAAGCGAAAAAAAAAAGUAAGCUAGUGCACUUUUUGUAUAAUUUGGCACUUGGUGUUUUAAUUGGAUGUUCUGUACCUCCUCUCAUCAUCUUUUGUAUUUAAGAUAAUUGGUUCUAACUUUAAUAGUAUUUAUUCACCAAAUUAUACUGUGGUUUUUGAAGAAAAAUUUUCUGCCAGUUCAGGAAUGACACUUGUAGGGAACCAGGGAACCACUAAGUUGGUAGAAAUUGUGGCUAUGGGUUAUUAUUUUCUCAUUUGCUCUCUAAAACCGCACAGGUUUUUAAUUCGUCAAAUUUUAAGUGACGUGUUCAAGCUAUGGGCUUUUGUCAACAAUUGUCAAUUUUGUAGAAGAAACUCACUGGCUCUGCUAUUUAUUUUUCUGUGCCGAAAAUUUGCUUGUGAAACAAACAUAAUGAAGCAAAUAAUUCCCCAGGCCAACACCACAAGUCUUGAAAUUGCCUUCCUCUGGAUGUGAAACUUUCUUCCCUUUUCCAGAAUACUAUUUUUCAUAUUUGAAGCACAUUUGAAAUUAAAUCUGAUUGAUUUUAAUAAUUCACUAAGCAAUGUUAUUACCAAUUAAUAUUUAUUCCUCAAGGUUGAGUUACUGUGAUUUUAAUGAUAAUGUAUAAGUAUGGAAAUAAGCUUAAGUCUAAUUCCUGAAAAUAACGGCCUAACAUUGUAAUGUGUCAUGAAUCUCAUUCCUAGUCUGUUUGAACUUACUCAGGUUUGUUUUACUACUUUUACGGGAUUGGGCUUGUAUGGAGUGUUAGUGUAAUGUUUUUAUUUGUGUGAACAUCAUUUUGCCCUUGUGCACAUAGUAUCCUCUUCUAAGAAUUUCAUCCUUAGUCUAACUAUCACUUUGGAAAUACUGCUAUUUGCCUACCAAAACAUUUUUGUAAGAAUAAAAACUCAUGGGAAAGAA